GAGGGGGCCCAGCCAGGACUGCUGAUGCCAACUGGCCAAAGGGAUAUUCCAUACCAUGUGGCAUCAUGUUGGAACAAUAAAGCUGGGGGAAGUUGGAUGCAGGGUGCCACCUCGCUGGUCAGAAACUGGCUGGGCAUCAGCGGGUGGCGAGCAAUUGCUCUGGGCAUCACUUGUUUUGUAUAUUAUUCCAUUAUUAUUUCCCUUCCUCUUCUGUCAUAUCAAACUGCCUUUAUCUCAACUCAAAAAUCAUAUUUUUUUUCUGAUUAUUUCCCCCCGUUCCACUUGGGGAGUGAGCGAAUGGCUGUGUGGUGUUUAAAUGCCUGCUGGGUUAAAUGACAAUACUAUUUAUAGCAGCUCUUGGCAUUUUACUCAAUACUGCAUGCUUUUAUGUAGCCAGUAGUAUUAUUUAAAUAUUGCAGUGGUUUUGUUUUGUUUUGUUUUUUUAACAAGUUAAAGUCUUAAUAAAGUUGCCUUCCUCAGGCUGCUUUGCUUUUCUGGAUGAUCUGAGUAUCAGCAGUGUGUCCACAAUCAAACUUCCUUCUUUAAACUGCAGUUCUGAUACGCCCAUAAUACCUACUUAUGAUGGAGCUACUGCAACAAUCUGGAAGCGUUUGAAAACAUCCACAUGCAUGUGUAACAAAAACUUUCAUAUAUUAAAAUCAGCUGGAAACACACACCAGUCAAAUGCUACCUUAGGCUCUGUACAUCGUGAUCGUUACUGGUAACUCAUCUGAACGCAGUGGCUGGCGGAGUAUGCGCUUAGCCACCAGCAAAACAAAGUGGAAAAGAUGCUUAAAUGUCUUAUUAGGAUCUAAGCAAUCUUGGACUGAGGAAUAUGUCUGAUAUGAAUUCAAACUGCUGAACAGAAAGCUCUCAUAGAGUCUUACAUUUAGGUUCUACAGCUGCUAUUUCUCACAGGAUUCUUGCCACUGGGUUUAGGGGCAGCUCUAGUGUCAGAUGAGGGAUCUGGGAUUUGCAGAUUGCAGAAAAAUGGAUCUUCUUGGUAAGAGUCUAGAUGUUUCAGUGGAAGAUGCUAAGCUCUUAAAUAGUAUCAUGUUCUAACAUAAACACAAGGACAAUUUAAACAGUUUUAUCCUGAUUUAGCUGCCUACUGGCAGUCUGAUAAUAACAAGUCAAAACAAGAGGAAAACAACCAAAGGUGAUCAGAAAUACCCAUAGUGCCUUUAACCAGAAGUGAGUCAUCUUGUCUGAGAUUGAGUCAUGCGAGAAGCCUGUGUAAAAACAGGCCAAACAGACUGGGUAAAAAUACCUAAAAUUCUACUCGAAAUCCGCCUCCUUUUGUGCUUGUAGCAGCAAUCUCUAAGAGCAUACUGACACCAGUUUAUCCUAGAGCCUUCCUAGAAAUAGGCCAGGUAGGAAAUUCAGAUCCAUCCAUGGUACAAACCUGCAAAGCUCUUAUACAGGAUUUUUCUUGUCAUUGGCUUUGGUUUAGAAACUGUUGUUUCUUAUGCAGUCCAUCAGUGACCGUGAAGUAAGUGUCAAAUAAUGCAAAGGCUGGGAAUACCAGCAUUUGGACAGAUACCUUGGCACUCUCUUUAAUACCUUGGUGCUCUCCUCACAGUUCUAAGAUCAUCAAACAGAACUGAUGCAAGAACAGAGCAAAGCUGCAGAAUUACCUACACACAGAAGUCUCAAGGGUUUACAUGCAGGUGCUAGAAUGAAAAUGUAUUUUGAGUAAUAGUAGUGUUACUGCAAAGGAAACGGUAUGUGCCUUUAAGGGAAUUUCUACAACUUUUGAAAAAUCUCAAUUUACUAAACACACUAGCUUCUCACCGUGUUUCAGGGUGAUGCCUUUGUAUACAACGGCGCGGUUAAGGAAACACGGUCAGUACAGUACACAUCACAGGAAUACAGAUAAGGCACCACAGACUUAAACAGGAGACGCCUUAACGCAUCACCCUUCCCUUUCCCCGUCUGAGUUUCGACCCACGGCAGCCGGCCUUCGCCAUCUCCAGAGCGGGGCGUUGCCACACCAGGCCGCUGCCAUUACGGCUUUACCUGCAGGGCGCGGGGCUCUCCUUCGCCAGCCGCCGCCGGGGAGAAGGACGACGAAGGGCCUGCCCCCGCGGGGGUGCCUGGGCCGGGCCGGGCCGAGGAGGCGGGCCGGCCGCGGGAGGCCGAGGCGCGCACGGAGGUGCCCGUGUCCGCGGUCAUGUCGGGCUCGGAGCGGCGGCGGCGGCCGGCAGGCAACAUCCAGUUGGAUAGUAGACCUACAUUAACCACCACAGAUGGAAAUCGGAACAUCACAGAAGUAGAUGCACUCGAUAGAAGACAAACACUUGAUCCUGCAGUACAAUACAAAAUGAACCACCAAAGAAGAGGAAUUGCGUUAAUCUUCAAUCAUGAACACUUUUUUUGGCAUUUAAGGCUGCCAGACAGACGUGGGACUCUUGCAGACAGAAACAAUCUGAAACGCAGUUUGACAGACCUUGGAUUUGAAGUCAGACAUUUUGAUGAUCUGAAAGCAGAAGAUGUACUGCAGAAAAUUUAUGAAGCCUCUAAGGAUGACCACAGUAAUGCUGACUGCUUUGUUUGUGUGUUCCUGAGUCAUGGAGAGGAUGAUCAUAUUUAUGCAUAUGAUGCUCAAAUCAAAAUUCAGGCAAUCACAGACAUGUUCAGAGGAGACAAGUGCCAGAGUCUGGUAGGAAAACCAAAGAUAUUUAUCAUUCAGGCAUGUCGAGGUGAUAAACAUGAUGAUCCAGUUAUUGCUCAGGAUUCAAUAGACAGUAGCAAUGAAUCCAUCGUCAAUGAGACCGAAGUGGAUGCAGCUGGUGUCUAUACCCUGCCUGCUGGUGCAGACUUUAUCAUGUGUUACUCUGUGGCACAAGGUUACUUUUCUCAUCGUGAAACUGUAAAUGGCUCCUGGUACAUUCAAGAUUUGUGUGAGGCACUUGGGAAGCACGGCUCUUCCUUGGAGUUCACUGAACUUCUUACUGUUGUUAACAGGAAAGUAUCUUAUCGCAAAGUGGAUAUGUGCAGAGACAUUAAUGCUAUAGGAAAAAAACAGAUUCCUUGUUUUGCCUCCAUGUUAACUAAAAAAUUGUAUUUUCAUCCAAAAUCUAAGUAGAUUGUUAUUUAACAAUGACAACCAUUAUUUAGUGCUCACUGCAGAAGUGAAAACUACACCAUCUUACUUCAGGAGACUAAUAUCCUACAAAAUUGUUUGCAAAAGCACUGGGAUCAAACGUUAUAGUUUGUAUACUUCCUAAAAUCUUAAAGCAAUUUUGAAGUUGGUAUUACAGCUCUGUUCAUCUCAGGGAAUUGGGGAAAAAUUGACUGGUGCAAAACUACUAAAAGGUGCUCAGAUUUUAUUGAAAAUGAUUCUCUAGAUUACUUUUUUUCUUAAAAGCUUUUUGAUUGAUUGCCAUCUAACUGUGGCACAUUUUAUUAUUUCCAGAAUAUUUCAAAUGUCACAUUAGUUUAGUUUUGCUCUGAGAGCACAGUUUACAGGGAGUAUGUUUGUAGGGCAUCUUUUAUAUGUGGACAGCAGUAUCCACCUUCCAAUCUUGGUGGAUUUAUUGAGCUUUUUAAACAUUUUUUUAUUUUCUCUCAACACUAAAAAGGAACUUAAUUCCUUGAGUACAACUGUAGCAUUAAUAUAGAUAAAGGGCUUCUUUUUGCUUGCAUAUCAUUUAUGUUUGAGACACAAUUACAGCUUGCUGGUGUUUUGCAUCCUCAGGAGAAAAGCAAGCAGUAGUGAAAUGAGACCACGUACACCUUGCUUAGCGCGACUUUGGGUGAGCUUGCCUUGUACACAACUCUGAAGCCAAAGCAAAUCAUUUCAAGGUUCCAGGCUCACUUAUAACCGCUGGAUGUCUCUAGGCAGCUCUGCAAAACGCAGCAUAUAGAAACCUUCAUACUUCAGGCCUCAGAGUUGGAUCAGCCUCUUUCUCCCCUUGGGCCCAGAGGAGAUCAGCCAGACUUUGUCAUUUGUCACCACAGGACUGUUACUACUGCAGCGUCAGUAACUUCAAUGAUACUGACUAGAAGCAAGUAUUUCUUUUAUUUUUUUACAUUACUGGUACAUGUGUUUAACUCUGGGGGACAAUGGAGAACUCAAGCUGAUAGAAUUGUCUUAAUCCACUUUCCUGGGUAUAAAAGAAUUGAUUUAUUGGUUCUGUUUUAGUUAAUUCUUUCCAUAUACUAUGUUCUGAGUCAUAGAUAUUAAGUCUUACUGGGUCUACUUUUAAGCUUUGUAUAAAUCAUGCAUGUUUGAAUGUUUUGAUAAAUUCUUUGAAUAAAAUGCAACAGUGAAAUAUA